AAGGACAAUGUUGGUGGUUUGUGGCACUUGUCAAGAUUCCUCUAAUCUCUAUUGAAGAUGAAGAAUCAUUUGAGCAGAGUUUUGCUUCUUCUCCUUCUUCAAUGGGGAAGUUUAUUGGUUGCCCAUGCAUGCCCAUACUGCCCUUACCCACCAGCUCCCCCCAAGCUCCACCCUAAACCACCACAUCCCCCUAAGGUCAGGCCCCCCUACGUCCCAAAACACCCUCCAAAAGUUCACCCCAAGCCCCCGCCCUGCCCUCCAAAACCUCCCGUCGUCCACCCGCCGCACGUGCCCAAACCUCCGGUCGUCCAUCCGCCGCACGUGCCUAAACCCCCGGUCGUCCAUCCUCCGUACAUUCCCAAACCGCCGGUCGUUCAUCCGCCGCACAUUCCCAAACCGCCGGUCGUUCAUCCGCCGCACAUUCCCAAACCGCCGGUCGUUCAUCCACCGUACAUUCCCAAACCGCCGGUCGUUCAUCCACCGCCCAUUGUCCCAACGCCGCCUGUCGUGACACCGCCUUACGUGCCAAAGCCCCCGGUGGUGACGCCGCCAGUACUUCCCCCGCCGCCGCCGCCGCCGCCAGUCGUAAUAACGCCACCGCCGUACGUCCCAAAGCCGCCAGCAGCUACACCGCCGCCGCCGGUGGAAAAGCCAUGCCCACCGCCUCCACCUCCAGUGCCGUGCCCGCCUCCGCCGCCGCCGGCGCAGCCAACGUGCCCGAUCGACGCCCUGAAGCUGGGCGCGUGCGUGGACUUGCUGGGCGGGCUGAUCCACAUCGGCAUCGGCGGCAGCGCCAAGGACACAUGCUGUCCAGUUCUAGGUGGACUUGCAGGUUUAGACGCAGGAAUAUGCCUUUGCACCACCAUUAGAGCUAAGCUUCUGAACAUAAACAUUAUCCUCCCCAUCGCGCUUCAAGUCCUCAUCGACGACUGUGGGAAGACUCCCCCGGAAGGGUUCAAGUGUCCCGCCUGAGAGGGUAGAUGAUCACUACGUAAUGAAAGAAGCUAGAACACCAGAUCAGAAUAAAUUGAAUUAUGGGGUUUUCAAUUCUUGCGUUGUACUGUCUACUAACACAAGGUGUUUUGUUUUUUGUUCAUUCCUAUCCAAACAGGAUGAAAAUUGUUGUUGUUUUUUUAUAUUAUUGUAAUUUGUAAUCACAACUGUUGAGAAUUAUUUAUAAAAAAAAUAUCAGCAGGAAUUUAUCUUUGCUAUGAUCAUAAUUGUUGGUAUUAA